CGCAAGCGACUACAAAGCACCCACAGCAAAACACAGUUAUGGUGGACAGCAAUAGCAAUACUAAUUCAGGGUCGGCGGCAGCUGGCGUUGGCAACUCGGCGGCGCGCCUGCGCAAAUUCGAACGCACGGAAAGCGAAUUGGCAUGCGAGGAGGCGGCACGGCUAACCGCCGAACAGAACGACAACAGUCCCGAGGAUGACAACGACGAGGAGGACGACGACGACGGCGGCGAUGAUGAGGACGAGGUUAGCGUCUACGGCGAGCUGCCGCCGCCGCCAGACGGCGGCUAUGGUUGGGUCAUAUGCUUCGCCAGCUUCAUGUGCAACAUGAUCGUUGAUGGCAUCGCCUACACUUUCGGCAUAUUCCUGGAGCAGUUUGUCAGCUAUUUUCACGAGGGCAAAGGCACCGUCGCCUGGGUGGGCAGUUUGCUGUCGGGCGUCUAUCUUAGCGCCGGGCCCAUCGUCUCCGCCCUGGCCAAUAAGUAUGGCUGCCGAGCAGUUUGCAUCGCCGGCAGCGUGGUUGCCUGCAUCGCCUUCGUUCUGAGCACGUUCAGCGGAUCUGUGGGCAUGCUUAUGGCCACCUAUGGCUUCAUGGGUGGGUUUGGCUUCGGCAUGAUCUAUUUGCCUGCUGUCGUGGCCGUCGGCUACUAUUUCGAGACGAAGCGCUCCCUGGCCACGGGUAUAGCUGUGUGCGGCUCCGGCUUCGGCACGUUCGCCUUUGCUCCGCUAGCCACCUACUUGCUGGAGGAGUACGGCUGGAAGAAUGCGCUGCUCAUCUUCGCUGGCCUGAUCCUAAACUGUGCCAUCUUCGGCGCCAUGAUGCGUCCACUCACCUAUCCCAAGAAGAAGAAGGUCAAGCCCCUGAUGCAGCGCAUGUACGAGGAGAAGCAGAUGCAACUGGAACGCGGCUCGUUUGCAGGCUCCCAUUUCAUGGUCCAGCUGCCGGAUGGCACCAUGGAGCGUAAGCUGAAGAUGCCCUUGAAUGCCGACCCAGGCGUGCAUUCCAGCCUCAAUCUCGAGCUGCUGGCCCAGCAGUCCGGAGGACUGCAUCCGGUCUCAACGUUGCCCACCAUCACCGAAUCCAAGGUCGUCGAAAUAAAUGCUCAAUCCCCUCCAAACAAUGGCAAUGCCGAUAGCAAUGGUCAACUAUCCACGCGCUCGGGUCGUCGCUCGCAGCGCAACUCGGAAAGUGAGCACAGUCCGUACCAUUCGCAGGAUGCGAUGAUCCGCAACGCCUCCCAGCCCGCGUUCCUUGCUGGCGAUCACCAGAGUCUUCCCAAGAACGGGUCGGUGCCGUCCUUCAGUCGCGUCCGCAAAACAUCCGGCAGUGAGCGCUAUCAGCCCUCAUUGGCGGCCAUACGCGCCUCCUCCCGCGGCGAUAUUGAGGCGGGUGCUGGCGGUGACUUCAAUACCUCAAAGUUGUCGCUGUCCCAGCGUCAAGGCAGUUCCAGCGGCAGCGGCGGACGCAUGGUGCGUCCAAUGUCGCGCAAGGACAUCUUCUACUCCGGCUCCGUCACGAAUCUGCCCCAAUAUCAGUCCCAAAAGUCGCUAACAAACUACCGCAACUCGGUGCUGUCCCUCACCAAGUACGAGAAGAGCAUGCAGAGCAUGCGUCUGGAUCCCCUCGCCGAGGCGGACAAGCAUCGGGAGGAGUACGACCUGUGCCCCUGCCUGGGCAUACCUGAUUCGGUCAAGUCUGUGGUGAACACCAUGCUGGAUGUAAGCCUGCUCAAGGAUCCCGUCUUCAUGCUGAUGGGCGUGUCCAACAUAUUCGGCAUGGCCGGUUUGUACGUGCCGUUCGUCUACCUGGUGGAUGCUGCCAAGGAGCACGGCAUUGCCAAAAACGACGCCGCAAUGCUGCUCUCCAUCAUUGGCAUCACCAACACCGUGGGACGUGUCCUCUGUGGCUGGGUGGCGGAUCUGCCCCAAGUCAAUUCGCUGCUGCUCAACAACAUCUGCCUGCUCAUUUCCACAGUGGCGGUCACCCUGACUCCGCUCUGCUACAGCUAUGGCGCCUAUAUAGCCAUGUCCGUCGCCUUUGGAAUUGCCAUUUCUGGCUACAUCUCGCUAACGUCAAUUAUUCUGGUCGACCUGCUGGGCCUGGACAAGCUCACCAACGCCUUCGGCCUGCUCAUAUUGUUCAGAGGAUUCGCUGCACUGCUGGGAACGCCGCUGGCGGGCUUAAUCUACGACUUAACUCAGACCUACGAUCUGCCCUUCUACAUGGCGGGUGCUCUGUUUGCCGUGUCCACCAUCACCAGCUUCCUGGCGCCCUGCAUGAAACGCUUCAGUGGCUCAGACGAGACGCCAGUGCACGCUGAGACGCUGACGCCCAUCGACGAGGAGCAGGGCGAGGAUGCCGAGGAUGAGGACGAGGAUCAGCCAAUUACCAUAGUGCCCAAGAUCAUCAAAACUCUGCCUAGUCCACAGCAGGAGGAGCCACUGCAGCCAUUCCCCACCACGCAACAGAAGCCAGCAGCGACAACAACGGAAUCAAAGCUCUAAGCGACAAGAAUUUAGCACACAAACAAAUAAUAUAAUAAAGCGAAGAGAGCGAACAGGAAUG